AUGAAACUUCAUCAUAAAAUUAUAGUCCCGACGAUGAUUCUUAAGGCUGACCGGCGACCGGUCCACAAUCUGCUGCUACGCUGAUGCACUGGAUCACCGCUCUCAAAUCCUAUUAAUCCACAACUUUAACGUUUCAUUAUCUUAAUUAAUCACAUUAACAGAGGAUUAAAUUAAUGACUUGUUAGUUCGUUUAAUAUUGGCUGCAAAUCGGAGAAUACGGUUAUAUAUAUACAGUUCGGCCGACAUGAUUCCGUUCGCCGUGGGAUCAGCGCCGAUGGCCAAGCCCUCGUUAAUCCGAGCCGAGCAGCCGCUGCCUCCGGAUCUCUCUAUGGACCGUGCGGCCCUCGGUGGAUGGGCCGCCGCCUCUGGCCGCCGAGACAUCGUCUUCGUCGUCAAUCCCCGAGGGGCUAAUGGGAGGACGGGUAAGGAGUGGAAGAAGCUGCUGCCUUUUCUAAGGUCACGUCUCGGUUCUGAUUAUAAUACUAUUUUGCCUGCUUCUCAAGUUUUCGAUAAUCAGGGGAAGAAAACAAUAUGUGAAUCUUUGACUUCAGGACCUUCCCAUGGCAUUGAUAUUACAAGGGAGGCUAUACGUGACGGUGCUGAUGCAGUGAUUGCGGUUGGAGGAGAUGGAACUCUUCAUGAGGUUGUUAAUGGCUUUUUCUGGGAUGGAAAACCUGUUUCGAAUAGUGAUCAGUCUGUCCGUGCAACUGCUCUUGGUCUAAUUCCACUGGGAACUGGUUCUGAUUUUGCAAGAACGUUUCGUUGGAAAAACGAUCCUUGUGAUGCCAUUGAACGUACUUCUAAAGGGAUUAGAUCACGAAUUGAUGUUGGAGUUAUUGCUGGAGAAAGGGGAGAACCACACUAUUUUGUUAAUGUUGCUGAUAUUCAUUUGAGUGCAAAGGCUGGUUAUUAUGCUUCGAGAUACAAGAAGUUUGGAAAACUCUGUUACGUAAUUGGUGCUUUGCAAGCUUUUUUCAGUCACCAUAACCGGGACCUUAGAAUAAAGUUUGAUGAUGGCGAGUGGGAAACUUACCCUAAGGUAACAGCUCUUUGCAUUGGGAACGCCAAAUAUUUUGGUGGGGGAAUGAAGAUUACACCGAAUGCCCACCCGUGUAGCGGCAACUUUGAGGUGGUGGUUCUUCAGGACUUCAAAUGUGUAAGUUCGAUCGAGAUCGAGGAGGUUGUCAGCAGUAAUAGUACUUUUGUCCAGUCUGAUGGGGAGUUUUUAGGGUUCCUCCCAAAAAAGUUUAGCAUUUUACCCGGUGCUAUUGAGAUGAUAUGCUAGAUUAGAGGAUGUAUUUAUUUUGCCUGAAAAAAUCACAGCAAAAUAGGAGACAACUGAACCAGAUUUGCACAGGAAGAGAGGCCAGAGCUCAGGUUUUGAUGUCACUUGGACUUGACAAGAGUAUUUUGUAACAACUACUUUUGUUUUAGAUUGCAUUAGAUUUUGUAGCCUUCUAUCUUCAAACUAUUUAUCUUUGGAUAUUUAUACUAGUACAUAACAAUAUGUACAUAUAAGUUUACGAAGGGUUCAAUCCUAUCGGUGUUUGUGUUGUAGUCACCUAUAGGUUGAAAUGAACCGAGGCAUAUCAACUUUCACAUGAUUAGAGUCCACUUGGAUAUUUUAUUUAGACGGACCUUAACUUGCAAUACAUAAGUAUAUUAAUUAUUAUGUAUAGAGCUCAAAUUUAGUAUUAGUAGCUUAUGAUCAAGAAUGAAGAUAUGUCCAAGGAUUUGAUCCAUUAAUAGAGAGGUAAGGGAGACACAUUGUUUGUUAAUCAAUCAUGACGUAAAACAUCACAUUCCAUCCUCUGGAAUGAGAGCUGAUUUCCCUUGAGAUCAUAGGCCAUAUAGAAGUACUGCUGCAUGUAGUUCCCCAAGACUCCGAAGUCAAAGUUGUGCUGCUCAGAUGGGGCUGCCGUGACAGUGGAUGUUUCUUGCUUCUGGAUGUACUUUGAUGUUUUGUUCUUCUCCUGCUGUCCUGAUUGUAAUUAUGGUCUUUGUUUAGUUUUGGCUUUUGCUUCUGUACAUGUUGUAUCUUUUGGUUUUUAUUUAGUUUGGACUUUGCUCUUGUAUAGGUCAUUUUGCUGUCCAUUUCCUUGGCUCUGGUGGUAAGUCCAAGGAAGGUGUAUAUUGUGUACUUUGAUUUGCAGUUGAUACAAUUUUCGACUGUUGAAAAAAAAAAAGACUAGGAGACACAUGUUAUUAUGCAUGUAUUUAAUGUCUCGAGAGAUUGACAUGUGUAUUUUCAAGACUGAUAACUACAUGUCUGAUUACAUAUGUAGUUAAUCAAGUAUUGAUUGCGUGAGCGA